AACAUGAAGAGGAAAAGAAUAAGCCAGGAAGGAGAUGUGAAUGUCAGAGAUUUUAAGAAAAUAAAGACAAUUUCAAGUUUUCAGCAAUGCACGGAUAUAAAAAGCAAAGGGCAGAGAAAAAAUAGGGACAAGAAAAGAAAGAAAAUGAAGCUUGGUGACAACGAAUCGUAUAAUGAUGUAAAGCUGUGCAAAGAAAAACUUCCAAAACGAAAAAAUAUUUCUUGUAAUCCAAGCAUAAACAAUAUAGAGGCAAAACAAAAACAUUCUGAAGCAAGGUCACCCUUAAAGCAGAAAGCAAGUAAGGAAAAGAUUGUCAAUCCAGACAGAAUUGAUGAAUUAAAGGACAAUGCUAGCAAACCAACCAAAAACAAGGAGAAUUCUAUUAGCAAAGAAAACAGUGAAGUAGGAAAGAAAUCCGGCAAAAAAUUAAAUAAAUGGCAAAGGUUUAAAGCAAAGAAAACCAAGGGUAAAAAUGCCAAGGUAAAAGGCCACACAGAAAUACAGAAUAAACAAGAGAACGGGGAAACCAGCACUGAGGUUUCUGUCAACAGUGUAGAAGUUUCAUCAAACUGGAAAAAACUUCAACAGGAUCUGGGCCUCAAUGCAAAGAAAAAGAAAGUUAAGCUUGUAAAUGCCAAAGAGAAAGAAACAAAAGAUAAAGAAAAGGAACCAGAAAUUUGGUUUGAUGAUGUGGAUGAGAUUUUACUGGAUCGCAAAACUAAACUUCCGGAAAAGUGUACAAGAACCCAUAAUCCCCUAGUCAAGGCUGGUUCUUAUGGAGGGUUGACAAAGAUUUUGGCAAUGGACUGUGAGAUGGUGGGCGUGGGGAGGGAUGGAAGGGAGAGCAUGCUGGCCCGAGUGUCCAUCGUGAAUCAGCAUGGUCACUGUGUGUAUGAUGAAUUUGUCAAACCAAUGGAGGACGUGGUGGAUUAUAGGACCAAGGUCAGCGGCAUCCGAAAGCAGGACUUAGAGAAAGGAAAAGAAUUUCCUGUUGUCCAAAGGGAUAUCAGCAGCAUGAUUAAGGGAAGACUACUAGUGGGACACGCCAUUCACCAUGACUUACAGGUACUUUAUAUCAGUCAUCCCAAAAAACAAAUUAGGGACACAUCCCGCUACAAAUACUUCCAUCAGCUGUAUAAUGGUAGAACGCCGUCCCUGAAGAAUCUGUCAUCUAGGGUUUUAGGGGUCAGUGUGCAGGAGGGGGAGCAUAGCUCUGUACAAGAUGCUCAAGCUACUAUGAGACUUUAUACAAUGUAUAGAAAACAGUGGGAAAAAGAAAUAAAAGGGAAAACCAAACCAGUGAGACAGAAGAAAUCACAGAAACAGAGAGAAAUUAAUGAAGGGAAACUUGAAAAAAUUAACACAAAGAAGGAUAAAGUGGGAAAAAUUAUACCAACUUCUUUACUGGAGGAUAAUUAAUCAUCAACCAUUCAUACA